UGAGUGACGUCAGUUAGGCUGAAACGCCCGCCCUAAAGUCGUCGUCUCUUUCUCACUCCGCCCGUCGCCCCGCCUGCACCGCCUUCUGUUUUGGCCUAGGGUUUCUCACUCCAGCUUCUAAUAUUUUCUCUUCCUUCAAACAACCGAUUCCUUAAUUAGCAUCAACAGAAACAGAAGAUCGAUCGUCUGGCAGCUUCACUUAUAAUCGCUAAUUCGUCUUCUCUCAAACGCAAUCGCCUCCUCACGGACUCGAAUCAAUCGCUCAGGCGGUUUCCGUCCUUAGUCUUCAUGGCAAUCGAUUGUUAAGCUUCUCGUUCCCAAAUGAUAUAGUUAUCUUCCCAAUUACAGAUGCUAAUACGUGACUGCAUGUUCUAUAUAUAUAUUCUGUUUUAACAAUGCCACAAUUCGUCGUCUAAGAUUAAUUUUGACUCGUAUUGUUAUUGAGUUUGCAUAAUCUGGUAACAAUGCUGCGACAAAUCCUUUUGCAACGUGCUAGGGACCAAAAUAAUCUACUUCAGCGAUUUACUCUGCAGAGAGGAAUUCACAGUAGAAACAAGAAGGCGAAGGAGUACAUAGCCAAAGGUUGGAAUGCAUUGAAGGAAGUUGAUAGAGUAAGGGAUUAUUGGGACUACAAUGACGUAAAGUUGAUUCCUUUCCUACGGACGGCAAAGGAGAAUUUUGAGUUGGCCCUGGAGGUUGACAAUUCAAAUACACAAGCUAGAUACUUUUUAUCAAAGUUACAUUUUAAGUAUCAUACACCUGGGGCAUGUGUAGCUGUAGGGGCUGCUUUAUUGGUUGAAGCUGCAGACAUGGGUGAUCCAGAUGCACAAUAUGAACUAGGUUGUAAGCUUAGAGUUGAUAAUAAAUAUGUUCAGUCGGAUCAGCAAGCAUUCUAUUAUUUGGAGAAGGCUGUUGAUCAGGUACAUUUUUUUUUUAUUUUAUUGCUGCAAAGGUACGGGUUUUUACUUGUACAUAAUAUUGUCUUCCGAAGAAAAGAAAUGCUUUAA